UACACAGAGAAUUAAAGACACACGGACCAAAACCCACCUGCUUACAGCCUGCGGCACUGCAGGGUUUGCCCUGUGCGCUGGGGCCGGCUGAGUCGAGCGGCCACGUCCCCAGGGCGGCUCCUGGGGUGACCCCGGGGCUUUGGGUGACCCUGGGGAUGGUCCUGGGGAGGUUUCACCACUGAUGGAAGCCUGAGCUCCCCUGGAGAGCAACGCCAUGCCCCGCCAACGGCUUAUUCCAGCCUGCUGCGAAUGGAUAUUUCGGAUAUCAGGGAAAAGCGCUUUACAAACAGGGCGACGAAGCCCCGCAACGGGCCGCCCGAGGGCUGCGCAGGGCGCCCCGACCCGCCUCCAUGGCUCGGGGCGGAGCCGGCAAAGGGCUGCGAGCCUCGGGAACGGCCCGAGGCGCGGCGCCGAGUGACCGCAGCGCCCACCCAGCACCGAUGGAGUACAUCAGCACACGGGGGGGCACGGAGGCCGUGGACUUCGAGGAAGCCCUCUUCUCUGGCUAUGCACCUGAUGGUGGGCUCUUCAUGCCCAGCUGCAUCCCCUCGCUGGACAGGCCCACAUUGCAACAAUGGAGCCACCUCUCCUACCCCGAGUUGGUGAAGGAGAUAUGUUUCCUCUUUGUCAAGCCUGAAUUGAUCCCACGUGGCACACUUAGUGAUCUGAUUGACAGGGCUUUCAGCAAGUUCAGACACAAGGAUGUUGUUCAUCUGUCCAGGCUGAAGGAUGGGCUGAAUGUUUUGGAGCUCUGGCAUGGGGUUACUUACGCAUUCAAGGAUCUGUCCUUGUCCUGCACUGGGCAGUUUUUACAGUAUUUCUUGGAGAAAAAGCAGAAACACAUCAAUGUUCUGGUUGGGACUUCAGGGGACACAGGGAGCUCAGCAAUUGAGAGCGUGAGAGGGCAGAAGAAUGUGGACAUCUUUGUUCUGCUACCCAAAGGGUUGUGCACCCAGAUACAGGAACUUCAGAUGACCACCGUCAUUGAAGACAAUGUCCACGUCUUUGUUGUUCACGGGAACAGCGAUGAAAUCGAUGAGCCUAUCAAGGAACUGUUUGCUGAUGUCGAUUUUGCCAGAAGGAACAACCUGAUGAGCUUGAAUUCGGUCAAUUGGUCGAGGAUUAUGGUGCAGAUUGCUCACUACUUCUACGCUUACUUUCGGUGCACCCCGACCCUGGAUAGCACCACACUGCCAGUGGUGGAAAUUGUUGUGCCAACAGGAGGCGGGGGAAAUGUCACAGCUGGCUGUAUUGCCCAGAAGAUGGGUCUUCCAAUUCAGCUGGUUGCUGCAGUUAACAGCAACGACAUCAUUCACAGGACUGUUAAAGAUGGAGAUUUCUCACUCUCAGGUCGUGUGAAGGCUACAUUAGCAUCAGCCAUGGAUAUUCAGGAGCCGUACAAUGUGGAGAGGAUCCUCUGGCUGCUCUCAGGUUUUGACAGCCACCUGACAAAAACGCUGAUGGAACAAUUCACUGUGUCCAAAAGCCUGAAGCUGCCAGAGAGUUUGCACAGAAAGGUCUCGGAGACCCUGCGCUCGUGCUCAGCAUCUGAUGAGGACAUCGUGCAAGCCAUGCAGCGCUGCUGGGAGGAGAACCACUACCUGCUGUGCCCACACUCGGCCGUGGCUGCUCACUACCACUACUCACAUCUGGACAGCUGUGCCAGCAGCACACCCCGCUGUUGCUUAGCUCCAGCCUCUGCUGCCAAAUUUCAGGAUGCUGUGCUGCGAGCUGGCCUGGUUCCCGAAAUCCCUCCUGAAAUCACUGCCCUAACAGCGAUGGAGACCCGGUCCACAGUCCUACAGCGAGGCGAGGAUUGGGCACGAGUGAUCCGGGACCACAUCACAGCUGUGGAGCAAUGGUGGGGGAAACGGGGUGCUGCUCUGACCUCCCCGGGACUACAGGGUGUCAAUGGACAGGCCUGAGCUUUAGGGAUGUGGCUGGAUGAUACCCCAGGGCUCAUUUUCCUUUACCCGAGAGCUCUCUGUUACACUGAGAUAGAAACCUACUCUUCCUGUGCAGUUAAUUAUUAGUUGGAACAUAUUUUAACUCUGAAUUAUUAGACUCUUUAAUAAUUUUUUCACAAAAGAACUCUGCAAUCGUAUUCUCUUUUUUUCCUAUAAAGUUAUGAAUGCUGAUUGAAAUGCUGAAGGAACAUCUUUGUCUCAUCAUUGUUAGCCAUCACAAAAAGCUCCCUUAAAAUUAUCCGCAGUCAUCACCUACCUUCAUUCAGUGAUUCUGUCCCUGAGCAUCUUGUACCAGACCUACCAGAAGGAGUAAUGCUGGGUGUCACUGUCAAGCCAUUGUGGUUAGGUAUUAAGAGGAAAUUCUUUGCUCAGAGGUUGCUGAGGCAUGGGAACACUGCCUUGAGGGCUUGUGGGUGCCCCAUUCGUGGAGGUGCUCAAGGCCAGGUUGAAUGGGGCCGUGGGCAGCCUGAGCUGGUGGGUGGCAGCCAGCCUGUGGCAGGGGUUGGGACUGUAUGGGCUUUAAGGUCCCUCCCAAGCCAAACCAUUCCAUGAUUCCGUUGCAUUGAUUCCUGUGUUUUGUUUUAUUUUGUCAGCAUGGAUGGCAGUUAGCAGUUGAAGAUAUAUCUUAGAGCAGCCUCAGAAUGGAGGCAGUGUGAGGAGAAGGGAUUCCCAGACCUCCCUGAGAAUGGGAUCACUCCAAGAGGUGCCUGCUCAGUUCUGGGGGGUGCACAGAUGGGGAUUGAGAUGCCUGUGGUGCAUGUACAGGCAAGGAUGGAGCUGCAGGGCUGGGCGAAAGCAUUCUGGGAAGCAGAAUUGCCAUUGCAAGCACUUGUGACAUCCCAUCUUUGGGUACCAAGAUAGGGACUGAGCUGUAUCCCAUAAAGUUAUGCUGUGCUGGAUUACAAGGGGCUUGUUUGCACUUUGGAGAGGAGGUUCAUGUGCUGCUCACGGAGCUUUUCCACUUCCCAGAGCUCAUGUGAAGAUUUGAACGCUCGUUGCAAACAUGAAGGACAGAAAUGGGUGGUUGGUUUUGUUUUUUUUUUUUCUUUUGUGAAGUGGAUGAGAAAAACCAGCAUAUGGGAUCAGGGAUCUGAGCUGGAAUCGACCUCACAGCAGUGCACACCUUUCAAAGCAACAUGCUGCCCUUGGGUUAAGUCGUGUUUAAUAGCCCAGAAUGUUCAAAGCAGUAAAUGCCUCUGUUCCAUAACUGCUGGAAAUGAACCCAGGGCUGGAGUGAAUCUGCUUUUAGGAAUCAUCCCAGCUACCAAAACUUGCUCAGUGUUAGUAUUAAAUAGUGGCUGUGUCCCCUGGCUGUGGUUAUUAUAGGGGUGCCAGCCACUGGACCUACAUUGUAGUGCUGUAUCUCGCAGCUUUUGGUCCAGUCUUGCUGCAGGCUCUUCCAGGGCAAUUUCCACUGGAAGAAAUAGGAAAUGGGAAAUUCCCCUUAUCUUCAGACUGAAACUUCAGGACUUUCAAUACCACGUUCCCAUCAUGUACAUAUAAAUACAUAAAUACCUCAUGUGGGAGCUGCCUCCACAAGCCGUGCAUCUGGCAGGAUUCUUUUGUGCCUAAAAAGGGAAAGAAAAAAAUGGGAAUAAUUACACCAGGGGGAAAAAUCCCCUUUUGCCAUAAAAAAAAAAAAAAUAAAAAUAAAAAAAAUUCCCCAUUACAUCAAAGGAAGGAUAAAAAAUGGGAGGGUAAUCUGAAGGUUUAGUGGCAUUUAGCGGGGUAAAAGAAAAUGCUGUGAAGUAAAUCAGCAAGGGGAUUUGCAGAGUGUGCAGGGAGAGCAGGGAGCAUUGCCCGGGCUGCAAGCUGCCGUGCCCAGCACCCAGGCAGCCUCUCUCAUCUCUUCACCACCCCCUGCUUGCUUCCCAUCCAAAGUCAGUGGGAGAGAAGGGAUACGUGCCACCAGCGAGGCCACCUCCAUCCCCAAAAUGAAGUGUUUAAAAAUGAUGCAAAAUGCAGCUGAAGGCCUUGUAUUGGAGUAACAAUGCAGCCUUUUGCUUGGCAAUUACUUGCUCCUAGUGCUGACUUUUUCAUAGAUUCACAGAAUGGCCUGGGCUGAAAAGGACCACAACGAUCAUCCAGUUCCAACCCCCUGCUAUGUGCAGGGUCACCAACCAGCAGACCAGGCUGCCCAGAGCCACAUCCAACCUGGCCUUGAAUGCCUGCAGGGAUGGGGCAUCCACAGCCUCCUUGGGCAACCUGUUCCAGUGCUUCACCACCCUCUUUGUGAUGGCUUUUUUCUUUUAAUUAAUGAUGGAGGUGAUGGUGAGAUCUCCCCCCUCCUGAGAUCUGACCCCCACCAUCAGCAGGUCCUUUCAUUUUGCAGCAUGUUAUAUGGGUUGAACUCCACCACCUCUAAUAGCCGCCUCCUCAGACUUUGUGGUUCUCAGACAGGGCCAACUGCCCUGCUGUAAUUUAGCUCUUAAUCAUAACUGAAGCCACCCUGUGAGGGGGGAGAGGCCUGAAAUUGCAGGCAACUCCACAUCCAAGAGGAAGGUUGCAAAUCCGGCUGGCCAGGAGCAGCAGGAUGCAUGAGUGAGGGGUUCCACCGAGCUUUGUUUGCAAGAAGAAAGGGAACAAUGAAUGGUGAAUAGGUCCCCUUGCUCCUGUAUCGCCCCUGAAGCAUCCUGCUGGGGAUGGUGUCCUGUGCAGGAGGUAGAAGAGGGUUACAUUCCUAAAUAUCCUAUAGAGUGGACAAAUCUAAGGCACUAUGAAACCUCUUUUGGUGCUCUCCAGGCAGGAAAAGCCUGUUUGGUUUGUGUGGAGCCAGGAGUUGGACUCAGUGAUCCUUAUGGUUCCUUCCAACUUGGGAUAUUGUGUGAUUCCAUGUUUUCUGGCGGAUGGAGGGGAAGGCAUAGAUGCUGUAGGAUUGCUGUGACCUGCAGAGGGCAAUGCACUGCCACACAACCCAGCCCUGCUGUGGGGACAGGCCUGGGGACAUCUCCCAGCAGGUCCCAUGAGAGGCUCAGGGAUCCAAUUCAUCCCCAGAAUGGGUGCUCAGAGCUUCCACACAGGCUGAGUGGAGAGGAACAAAUUUGAUGGGAAGAUGGAAGAUGUGAGGAGGAAAGUCAUGUGGAAAGGUGGAUGCUGGUGGUACCUCUCUAUCUGACACCUUAACAGGUGGCUGAGGGCUCUGGCCGAUCAACACACUUCUUAGUUAGACAAACAUUACUUCUGUGCCUUCCAGAGCUGUGCACAAAUCCAGGCCAUAUCAUGAAAUAAUUCAUUUCAACAUCAGCUGCUUACCCUUUUCUCCAGCAAAAAUUCCAGUUUCCUUCCUCUAAGUAGGUCUGAUCCAUGCAUCCCAGGAAACAGGUGAUGCCCACAGUCUCCAGUCAUCCUCUGCGGGAACCAUGUAUCUCACCAGGCAUGUUCCCUAGAGAUUGGGACACUUCACAGGAAGGGACAAUAUGGCUGGGGCUCCUUACCCCAUGUAUUUAAUGGGAAGAAGUACGUUGGGAUGGGGCUGUAGUGUGUUGGGAUGGAGAUACAAUGUGUUGGGAUGGAGAUACAGUGUGUUGGGUUGGAGAUACAGUGUGUUGGGAUGGAGAUACAGUGUGUUGGGGUGGAGAUACAGUGUGUUGGGAUGGAGAUACAAUGUGUUGGGUUGGAGAUACAAUGUGUUGGGUUGGAGAUACAGUGUGUUGGGAUGGAGAUACAGUGUGUUGGGAUGGAGAUACAGUGUGUUGGGAUGGAGAUACAAUGUGUUGGGAUGGAGAUACAGUGUGUUGGGAUGGAGAUACAGUGUGUUGGGAUGGAGAUACAAUGUGUUGGGAUGGAGAUACAGUGUGUUGGGAUGGAGAUACAGUGUGUUUAGAAGAAGAUGCAUUGGGAUGGAGAUACAAUGUGUUGGGACACAGUGCGGUCUCACAUUGCUCAGUUGGUGUUUUCUACCUCACAGUUCAUGCAUUCCACAACAUCUUGCUGUUCUGUGGGCAUUUUUGGUGUAUGAAAUUUGGGAUUUGGGACACCUGUCCCAGUAUGGGUUGCAUCUGCCGAGCUAAACAUGGAGGUCUGCCUUUUAAGCCAUCUGCUUCCAAGUUAGAGGUCAUUGCCUCAUGCCUUGCCCAAUGGAGAUGUGGAUACCAGUGCACCACUCCAGUCAUUAAUAGUGUCAUUAAAAAUGCUAUUAAUUAAAGGGAAGGACAGAACAACAGGAUGUUUGCAGGGCUAGCUGAGAUGAAAUAUGGGCAGUUCUACAAAUCUCAGAAAGGCUGAGGAUGAGGAUGCUAUUUCCCUCCAGCAGAGCAGCUCAGCCUUCCUUCAUCCUCACCCGUCUGCCUAUGGACACCUACCCUGUCCCUCCUAUGCACAGGGCUGAUUUUGGGGGCCAUUUCAUCAGCUGCCCAUGGUGUCACGUCCUCCUCCAGCACUGCCUUUAUGGGCCGGAAGGAGGAGUCCACAGCACAGUGAAUUAAAAGCCAAUUCUUUAAAACAGCGUUCUGAAGGUUUGGGUGUUGAAUUAUUAUUUAUAAUGCCCCGGGGGCACUGUGUAAUUUAUGGACAGGUAUGAAGACAAGUAGGCGCUCAGACGUGGGUAUGAGCCCAGUGUGAAUGCCGAGAUAGAGAGAUAGAUAGUUGGAUAGAUGAAGAUAAGCUCCUUGGCCAGCAGGGCUGGAGAUUGGAAAGCUCCUAUAGAUGUGAGCUGUGCUAGGGUCAGAGCUACUAUCCCUGUGCUGCCACUACACAAAAAGUCAUCCCAAAUAUGGUUCAAAUUGUUUGUUUACUUUUGUUUUUUUUUUUCUUUUAAUUAAUUUAUCCCAAGUGCAAGGAAAAAAACAAAAAGGAAUUGCUUUGUUGUUGCAAUUUGCUGCUAGGCAUUCCUAUGUGUGCUAAUGAUAAGUAUUAAUUAAAUAGCUUGCUGUUGUCUUUUAAAUGCAGUUCUUUCAGGCUGUAAUUAAACACAGACACCCAGCCCUUUCUGUCUGCAUAGAAAGAGGCAGGAAGGCCUCCGAAGCUGCUCUUCUUUCCUUGUAGCAGGAGAGAAGUGGAAAAUGAAGCAAAACCAGUUUCCACUGCAAACUCACCACCCUGUGCAUGUCCUUCAUGGGGAGAGCAAGCAGCCAAAGGAAAUUAAAGGAAUGCAACUUCCAAGAUACCAGCCCUGCAAUCAAAGGAAGUUUCUAUGCCCUUAAGAUUUUGCAGCUUCAUGCAUUUUGAAGGU